UGUUUGUUCCUUCUUGUAGUUAAAGAGGCCAAAUUCAGAGAACAGUGGUGGUGUGGUGAGUGAAUUUUCUCCUUUUUCUUAAUUUAUCCAACAGCACCUUUCUUUCUGACUUCUCUGACGUCCCACCAUCGUCCCCUCUUCUACCCUUUGCUUUCCCAUAAUUAAACAUCACUACCCACCUUCUCUAUCUUUCUCUCACUCUCUUUCUCCCCCAUAUGAUCUAAUCUUCCUUCCUUUUCCUUUUGUAUCUCCUCCACUCUUUCUCUGUGUACGAAAAAACGAGAAACCCAGAAGCCUGUUUUGUCUCCUGAUGAUUAAAAAACAUACCCAGGUAACUAUACCUCUGUUGAAGAUGUCUACACUUUCGAACUAGUAUGUAUAUAUGAUGUAGAUCUAGUACUAGACUUUGUUCAGAGUUGAUGAAGAGCUAGCAACGACUAUCUAUCAGUUGGCUUGAUCAGCAAAAGUCCAUCCUGUUAGGAAAAGAGCUCUCAAAUCUUGAUAGAGGCAAACAUGAAAACACCCAACUCUGAUUUCGAAGCAGGAGCCGCCUCGGAAGAAGAAUCAGAAAUCAGUAGUCAAGUUGCUUCCAACGUAUCAAACCUGGAAAACUCCCCAGAUCCCUCCAAGGAUACUACCAAUACCUCUUCCUGCAUAACAAAUCUCAUAAAGCUUCAACCGGGUCCUAGACCUGUCUCUCUUGAUUUAUCUCUUAGCUUCAAUACCAGUGACAAUGAUUUGGGAGGCAGGAAGGAGUCAGUAGGGCUUUCUAUAUCAAGCACAAGUGAGAGUAGUAGUGAAGCUGGUGCACAUCCUCCGGCAGUUGCUGUAGCAAGAGUUUUCUCUUGCAAUUACUGUCAACGCAAGUUCUUCAGCUCACAGGCUCUAGGUGGCCACCAGAAUGCACAUAAAAGGGAGAGGACACUUGCGAAGAGAGCCAUGCGGAUGGGAAUCUUCUCUGAGAAGUAUGCCAGCCUCGCUGCUUUGCCCCUACAUGGGUCAACAUGCCGGUCCCUUGGAAUCAAAGCUCACUCCUCAGUGCACAACAACAUUGGACUACCAGAGAGACUCCCUGAGAUUAGAGGUGGUGCAAGGUUUGACCAAGGAUACCUUGGCCUGCCAAUGUUCAUGGAGGAUGAUGAUGCAGAGUUGUUUUGGCCUGGAAGUUUUCGACAGGUGUCUGAGGGAGCUGCUGUGCAUUCGGGUUUCGAAAUGGGGGGAAAUUCUAUAAAUUUUGUAGCAGUUGCUCCAGCACCAGAAACAGAUUCAUCAAAACCAGAUCUAACACUGAGACUUUGAUAAUUUCCUCCAUUUCUUUCGUUUACUCACGCUUCCUUCUUUUUGCAGUGAUACUCUUUGUACAGUGGGAUAUACAUGACCCAUGGCUGAGAGCUUACCUUCCCUCUGGUUAACAAUGUUCUAGUAUGGUUAUUUUAUUACUACAUAACAGCUUGAAAAGGAUUUUCAUUC